AUGCAGACUGCUUCUACAAACAUUUGUGAAAGACUGUGCAAUAAGUCCAUCCGUGAAAUUUCCUUGCUACUAAAUAUUGCACAGUCACCUGUUAGUGGUAUUAUAACAAAUUGGAAGCAACUGGGAACAACAGCAACUCUGCCACGAAGUGGUAGGCCAUGUAAAAUGACAGAGCGGGGUCAAUGCACGCUGAAGUGUACAGUGCGCUGAAGUCGGCAACUGUCUGCAGAGUCAAUAGCUAAAGACCUCUAAACUUCAUGUGGCCUUCAGAUUAGUACAACAGUAGAGAGCUUUAUGGUAUGGGUUUCCAUGGCCGAACAGCUGCAUCCAAUUCUUACGUCACCAAGUGCAAUGCAAAGUGUUGGAUGCAGUGGUAUAAAGCAUGCCGUCACUGGACUCUAG